AUGGCCAGUCCAGUGGACGUGUCCCCUGCAGGCCAUGCCAGUGGGUUGGGUCCCCACCGGAGAAAGAGGACUACCUUCAGCAGAGGGCAGCUGCUGGAGUUGGAGCGGGUGUUUGCAGCACGGCCUUACCCCGACAUCGGCACCCGUGAGCACCUGGCCCGGGUCACCUGCCUUCCUGAGGCCAAGAUACAGGUGUGGUUCCAGAACCGCAGAGCCAAGAGAAUCAAGAGUAGGAAGCCAGGAGGCCUAAGUCCCAGGCCCGAGCCUCCCCAGAGAUCCCUUCCUCUUCCGGACACCAUCCAGCAGUCCUGGGAGCCCCGCACCCUUGGCCAGCCUCCACCCUCCAACAGCACAGCUCAGUGUGCCUCUGUGUGUCGACAUGCCUCCUGUCCAGCUCCUGGCUUGGGUUCAGGGCAGGGCUGGGUAGGGGCUAAAGCUACGGCCCCAUGGGGACCGGCUGGGGCUUCAGGGGUCCAUGUCUCUUCAGAGCGAGCUGCUCCCCAGACCUCACUGGGCAGCCUGUCUGACCUCAUCUAUGCCUCGGCAAUUGUCACCAACCCGGACCACUCCUAAUCUAGGUCUAGAACUUGCAAGUCCCUUCCUCUGGCUCCUGUAGCCCAUCCUGCCCCUUAAGACUGAACACACCAGAAGCGGAUCCCCUGCCCUCUCCUUUUACACGAGGCAGUUCUCUUAUGGGAAGAAAGAUUAGCUCAGGGAUCCCUCUCUCUGCUGUCCUCCAGCCCAGCCUAGAUGCGGGUGCUAUGGAGUGA